AUGCCAAAUGUGUCGAGAAAAGUGGAUGUGACGGAAACAUUGGCAUUAAAUCCCGGCACGCUAAGUAACUUCCAUAAGGAUUGCUUAACUUGCAUUGGGAAGAGCUUUAGGGGAGUACAUUUCGCACUAAAUAAGUUUAUCCCAUCAACUACUGUUAAGCUAAUAAUAUUACUUAUACCAAUCCUUGGCUGUCCUGGCAGGGAUCUAUUAAAAAGUUACCUAGUUGUUAAUAAGUUGAACAAUAAAAUAAGAAUAGGAACAGCACAAAUAGACGGCAAACUAAUCACAAAACACAUUACGACAAGACAAACACGGUUUGGUGAACAUAACAUUCUUGUUGAAGCGAUGGCCAAUUUCACUGCUCCAUGGCCUUCGAUAAGCAUUUCACAAGCACUCGAUGAUUUCUUGUACAUGUCGGUAGCUUACUCUCCAAAAGAUAAUAUAUCAAAAGCUGAUGUAGAACUCGAAUAUUAUGGUCGUACAGGAACUUUGGCCUUUAAAUAUACUGGUUGGCCAACCCGCACAAAUAGAAUUUGUUCAGCGAGUUAUUUGCGAAGUAUAACGGAAAACCUAGCGCUUGGUUCACAGUUAACGUUUCGUUAUUUUCCGCUACCGGAACGUAAUCAGAGAUUAUCUGAUAUCACUUACUAUGCACGAUAUAGAGGGUCGACAUACACAGCAUGUCUUGAUUUUUGUAAAAGAAGCGGAUAUCAUUUGUCAUAUUAUCGAAAUAUUAACGAACAUUUAGCAUGUGCAGUUAAUGUAAUAAGUUCGGUAAAUUUCAAGAAGGUGAGAGGCGUCGUAGCUGUCAGAAGAGAAAUACCGAAAUAUGAAUUGGUCAUUACUGGACAUUUAUCAAAUGAUGGAGCGGUUACAGGUCUUUUCCAAAAACGGUUCACCGGCAAUUUUCCUAUCUCAGUAACGAUAUCUGGAUCUUACAAUUUUUUUGCUGAUGAAUGCGGUUUUGGAAUCGGUCUUUCCGUCUGA